AUGUUUUUCAAGCCCUUGGAUCUGACCACUGCGCUCCGGCCUUCUCUGUUGCCUGAUGAGACUCUCCUCUUCGUCCAGGAUGCCGUGGGGUUGUACGAAGGGAAGUAUAAGAUCCCAAAUUACCAAGAUGGCCAUGCCUACUUGACGUCCCACCGAGUCUGCUAUGUCGCGGUGGACGAACCCCGCAAGCACUCGGUUGCCAUCGACUUGAAGGACAUUGAUAGAGUGGAGUACCAAGCUGGUUUCUUGAAAUCCUCCCCCAAGCUCACCAUAUACCCCAAACCUCCCAAAAACAACCUCAAGUCCAGAAGUACGGGUGGUAGUCCAGCGCGGUCCCAGGCACCAGGUCUUUCGGCGACAAGAUCACAGUCUCCGCUCCCUCAGACUUCCGUCCCGCAGUUCAAGCAAUCUCAGCUUGUAAAUGCCACCUGGAUAUGUCCCAUCUGCUCUUUCUCGAAUCCUGUACCCUCCAACUUCGAUCCCUCUACGGCCACUGCGUCAACAAAUCUCCCACCUUGUCUAGCAUGCGGUAUAAAGCCUCCGUUCACCACUGUUCUCAAGGCUGCUAUAUCCGCCGCAGCCAGUCGCGAGGGCACUUCUACAAACACUAUCCCUCUGCCUGAGGCUGAAGCUCUUCCGCAAAACAAUGGCACACCCACUUCGACUCCUUCGCAACGCAACGCUUCUAUUUCAUGUCCCCGAUGUACCUUUGUCAACCACCCUUCCCUUCUCGAAUGCGAGAUGUGCGGAGCAUCUCUAACAAGCGUAAACCCCCUUGGAACUCCCAAUCAAGAUCGCUCCGAAUCUCCGGCUCCUAUAUUCCAGCAGGAUACAAUCAAAAACACGGAGAUCAAAGACAGUAUAAAACUAUCCUUUCGUGGUGGCGGGGAGAAAACUUUCCAUGAACGGUUGAAAGGUGCGUUGAUCCAAAGGAAGUGGCUCCUUUAUGACGCCCCACCCGUACCGCAACAGCCUUCACACUCCUCCUCAUCUACUGGCUUGUCCGGUGCUGCUCCCGUCAAUGGCAGUGCCUCCCAGACGACUCGGCCUACCGCUGUUGGAAUUGCCGGGCUUGAGCAACGAGGACUCGAGGCACGCAAGAAUGCCGAAUUCGUGAUUGGAAAUGCGUUCGAGGACCUCGAGGCCCUCAUGGCGUCGGCCAAGCAGAUCGUCGCACUUGCAGAGACUCUCGCAAGGGAGUCGGGGAUGGCUAGCGAUGAUCGCUCCACAGAGGCGAGUGCGGUCCUCUCGCAGUCUGCAGAAGCCCUUGGAAUGGUCACGACGAAAGACAUGCUUGGAUCUGGUGCCGAAAAUUUAUACCUAUCUGAGCUCUCGAGAAACCUCGCUGAGUAUCUAACCGAUGACAGGAAGGGAAUUCUGCAAAAGGAGGGUGGCAUCAUGAGCCUGAUCGAUCUCUGGGCCAUUUUCAACCGAUCCCGGAAUGGAGUGGAGCUUGUGAGUCCUUCCGAUUUCCAGCGCGCAGCAGAAUUGUGGGAAAAAUUGAAGCUACCCGUCCGUCUACGGCGGUUCAAGAGUGGGCUUCUAGUCGUUCAGAGAUACGAUUGGAACGACGAGAAGACCAUCCGAGAAAUCCAGAAGUGGAUGGAGGAGCUGCGACAGGUUCCUCCUGCAGAGCCCGUGCCAUGGGACUGGCGUCUGUAUGGCCGCGCGAUCAGUGCACAGGAAGCGGCGCAGCGAUUCAAAUGGAGUGUUGGCGUGGCCGCAGAGGAGCUGGAAAUGGCCGAGGACCGGGGUAUACUCUGUCGCGAAGAGGGCAUUGAGGGCCUGAGGUUUUGGAACAACUUUAUUACCUCUAGUAUUGAGCAACCAGCCGUUACUGACUUGGGCGUUUCGGCUCUGAGUCUUUAG